AUGAUGCGAACGGGCUACAAGAUCCCCACGGAGGCAGAUAUCCAGAGCGAGCGGGCUUUGUACAACAUCCUGGAGCCCAGGUACCACCACUUGGUGCCCGAGUGGAUGAAGACUGCCACGGAUGCGGAGAAGCAAGGCGUCAUCAAGCUGGCAAGGAUUUCCGAGCCCAAGUUGCUGAAGACCAUUGGCCGGCCAAGGAUGGACAGCUUUGAGCCCACCCUGAAGGAGCAUGCCUGGUAUCACAAGAGAGGCAACCCAGCGCUGCGGCCGCGUGUAGACACCAUCGAGAAGUUCCCCAUGGAUCCUGCAGAGUACCAGGUGCCGUCCUGGCUGAACGAGGACCUCUACGAGGCGGAGCAGAUCCCGAAGCCUGGGGGCUGCAUCCUGAAGCUGAAGGACAGCAUCAACAUCAUGCGCCAGAAGAAUUGGACGAGGAACCAGGGCACCUAUCAGAUGUUCAGCGGUUCCUUCGAUGGCACAACCACCACGGGAUCCUGUUACACGUUGGAUGCCAUCGACCUUGCCUCGCCGAGCAAGGUGGUGACUUUGAGCUGGGCGACGGCCGCGGCGGCGAGUCUAUCUACGGAGGCAAGUUCAAUGAUGAGGCAGGUGGUCUGGCGCUGCGCCAUGCGAAGUAAGCAGUACUCAGGGAGUUUCCUCGCUGAGGACACCAACGGCUCCCAGUUCUUCAUCCUCUUCAAGCCGGCUCACCACCUCAACGGCGCGAUUGCCCAGCCUCCGGAGACUUUGCGGGGUUUGCGAUGGGAUGCCAUUGAGGGAGUCAAGACCACAUCAGAUGACAAGCCCAUCGCGCCCAUCACCAUCGCCAGAUGUGGCCAGGUGGAAAGACGAGUGGUCGGCGUUCGGCCGGUGAAGCGGAAGAAGGAGAAGGAAGCGGAGUCCAGCGCUUCGGAGUCCUCCAGCGACAAGAAGAAGAAAAAGAAGAAGGACAAGAAAAAGAAGAAGAAAGACUAG